AGCGCCGUACUAUUAGCGAUUUCUUUUUAAGAACGGAAAAAGAAGUUGAGCUAACCAGGAACUAAAGUUGAUCGAUCGGAGAGAAAACCAAAACCACCUUCACAAUGCCAUCUCUCGCGCCGACCGGCGGCGAGCAAGCCGCACGGCGGGCAAGUUUGGAGAAGGAAAAAGCGCCCAAUCCAGAUGAAGCCGGACCAACAGUAGAAGCUGGGGCACCAACACAUCCUAAAGAAACCGCAGCCAGUUCCUCUACCACCGCCGCUGCCGCGGCCUCGAGCAUAAUCAAAUCUGCCGCUGCGGCGGUACCGGUUGACCCAAUAGCUGCGGAGAAGAAAAAGCAGACCGCUGCCGCGAAGAAGAAGGCGAAGAAAUUGGCGGAAGACCUGAAGGAGGAGAGUGACUGCUUUGACAAGGAGAAACUCGAGAAACACGGCUGGGAAUAUUGCAAGAAGGAAGUAGAGGAGGUUGUGUACAUCAAUAGCAAGUCAAAGGAUAAGAAGGAGUACCUGAAAGAAGACCUUCCGCCCAGGAUCAAGAGUUCAUUGGAGAAAGGCGAACCGUUGGUGAAUUUCACAACGCAGAAGAAAAUGGUGGAGAGAGAAGAAUGGAAACAUAAGGAGUGGACAGGUAUGCUAUGUAGUCGCGUUUCAAAUUUUUAGGCGGGUAGCAUUGCAAAUGCAGCCGUGGCUUGCUGUCAUGCGAAGCAUAAUUCGUACCCCAGCACGUCCUCGAAUGCAAUCGCUACUACAUUCAUGAAAUACAGAGGAGACCUUCGGCAAGAAGGAGAAGCUGUUCAAAUUUCUGAAUGUGUUCCAGCCGGUGAAGGAAAAAUCAGCCAAGCCCCCGGCGGAGAGCAAGGAGGAGGAGAACAACGCCGCCGGCUCCACGCUGCUGUUCAGCAACGCCGGCGGGCAGUUUGCCACCACCACGACAAACAACGCCGACGUUGCGCCUCCGAAGAAGCAACCGGAGGACUUUUUCGCCGACUUCGCUACUCUCGGCCAGAACAAAGCGGACGUCGCGAAGGCGGUGAGCAAGGCCGGGGGGUUCUCCGUGAACCAAAAUUUGCAGAAGGAUUUGGAUGCCGACCUGGGCGGGAAGGACGGGCAGGUGAUUGACUACGAGAAGGAGAUCAUCUUCGACGAGGACCUGAAAAAGGAAGAAAUCAUAAAGCCGUGGUCAGAUGUUGAAGAGUCGAAGAAAGGCGCGGAGAAAAAGUCCUCCAAAUCCUCAAGCUCGUCCUCAUCGAAGAAAAAAGCAGAAAAGAGUGGCGAAAAGCAGGAUAAAGAGGAGCCGGCAACGACCGGAGCUACCGCCGGAGGGGGCGCGGCAAGUUCAUCGUCAAGUUCUUCAGCGGCCGCUGCUGUUGACAAAACAGCGACAGCUGUAGUCGAGGAGAAGAAGGGAGAGGAACCACCAGCAGGCGAGGUCGCAGGAGAGCAGGCGAAGAGCAAGCGGGGUAGGAAGAAGGGCACAAGCAGCAAAGCGAAAACGUCAAAAGAAACUAGUACAAAAGCUGGUGGUGGCGCAGCUGCAGUAGUAGAGACGGGCGAAGAGGAAAACAAAGGCGACGAAGAAAAGCCGGACGAGAGGGAAAAGACGCCCGGGGCGGGUGCGAAAGCCGCUGCCGCCCCAGUGGAGACACUGCCCGGGAUGCCAAGUAUGUUUGGCAGCAUGGCAGCUGGAUCGGUGCACAAGGUCAAGGGGAAGGGAGCGGCUGGUAUUGUGGAUAGAUUUGCUUGCAGGGCCAGGGCCGUUGCGCUUGUGCUACUUUUUCGGUUGACUCUGUCCGAUGCGUGGAUUGCAUGCAAGGCUCUGCAAGAUCAUGAUCUAUUUCCUGUCGACACUCAAAUUCAUUGCGCAUGACAACUCAAUUCUCAGGUCUCAACAAGAAGAAGCAGUUGAAGAAGCAAGUCACGAUCGCCGACCCGCCGGAGGAAAAAACCCCUGCGGACAAGGAGGCAGAAAUAAACAAAGAGAAGCCAGAAGAGGAAAUAUUUGUAGGGCCUAGCCCGGUGCCAGAGGUACGGGGGGAGAAGAAGGCUGUAACGUCUACCGGUGCAGCUGCAGCAAGUAGUAGUAGUAGUAACCCAAACCAAGACGUCAUAAUGAACGACAGUAGCAACUUUUUGAAAUCCAACAACAUCGCUCUAAUGGAAGACAGCGAGGAGAAGAGAAAAGCGACGAAUAAGCGAAACCGUUCCGACGAGGAGGACGAGGGUGAAGAUGCGGGCGAUGAUAAGGCACAAAUUUACUUUUGUCAUGCAUGAAGGCAGCGCGUGGGCUUAUUUGGCUAUGCAUGACGUGCACGCGGCAAGGUGCUUCAAAUAUUCGUUUGUGCGUCGAGCAUGAGCACGUAGGUGAUUUCCACUAGCAAAAAAAACGCAGGGCGACACGGCCACCCGCCAGAGUCUUCCCAAGCUCCAGUCCACGCAGCAGGAGCCGGUGGCGCACGUCGCCAAGCGCAAGAGAAGAAUUGCGGCCGGGUCGAAGCGGGAACUUUCAAAAGAAUACGAUGCGGACGCGCAGCGACAGUCGGAGCGUAUUGAUGCAUAAGUUUUGCUUACAACAGUUUGAGUUUUGCUUGUAUUCCAUCUACAUCAUGCACCUGUUGACAAUACCAGAAACGGCUUGCCAUCGAGGUCGGCGUUUUUGAAUCAGCAUAUGUUCGAUCUCGCCAUGCAUGCAUUACCUCCCAGGUGUCCCCCCUUCCGCCGAGGACGACUGCAUCUGCGAUGCAAUUAUACCGCAAUGGGCCCUUCCCAGUCCCUCCGGCAAGGAUUCCGUGCAGUGCGACGUCGCGUUGUUUCGCCCGUUUAGCGACACGAUGAGCCAGACGCCAAUACUGUUUUCCUCCGUGCACCAGAAAAACUUUAUCGUGCACGCGGAUGUGCUGACAAGAUUCGCUUUGCCCAUUGUGGACCCGCAGUCUCACUGCCAGUUUUUCUACGAUGCGGCCAAGAAAGAGCUCAGAAUUUUUACGCAGGACGACAGGUAGUAGAGGACUAGACUCGGCUUUGCUAGGUCAAAUAGAACAAUGAAUAGCGAAAUUAUCCCUAUUCUGCAACAAGAAAUAAGGCACGCAAUCCCAAUCGGAAAAUGCAAUCAUUUUCGUCGUUCCUUCUGAUUAAGCACCCUCUUCACAACUACAGUGACUACAAGACCUUCGUCAACGGAGAAUUGCUCGAGAGAUUCCAGACGAAGCAGCUCCAAAACGAGGACGAAAUUUCCAUCCACGACCGCGAUACGGUGGUUUUUGUCGUUUGCUUCGAUCCAGAAGUUCACUCAGUCACCGAUAAGCGCCGGAAGGAGUUCAAACAGCUGCUCCUAUCUGUCAUGACGGAGAUCCAGCGCGCGUCGUUAGUGGAGGUGGCGACGAUUUUGCGCAAGAAAAGUCCGAAGUUGUGCGACGAGAUGGGGUUGAAGACGACGAAGCGCGGACACUACUCCAUUUUCGUCGAGGAGACCUUGAAGAAAGUUUUUAUCCCCGUGCUGGAGAAGUUGGGGAGGAAUGACACGCAGGUAGUGCUGGAGGUGGGGAUGUGUUUGGCACUGAAACCCUGAAGGAGGGGAACGAACAAACCACAAGUGUAGGAAGUCAGUGUGCUGUUGAAACUGAAUUCUGAACCAGUAAUCGAGCUCCGUUAAAGUUGACGUGUACAAGUAGAACAAACGCCAAGAAUAUUUUCGAAAGUUUUUCAGCUCUGUAGUACUCAUCAGAAUUAAUUUCUGGCAAUCUGCGGAUUUCGUCGAGCAGAGCGGGAACGGUUCUGAACACAACUAAGACCUUCAGCCUUAUUGCAAUGAGCUACUGUAUUAGAAAUCAAAUCUGUCAACGUCUACUUUUAUACAAGAAAAUAGAACUUUCACGUUGAUGCGGACCAUGCCCAAAAGAAAACUAAGAAGUAGGCGACCGCAUCCGCGUAUCGACCGCUGAAAUGAUUUUUUGAAAUAGUAAUCGAGACGUUUAUAUUCAGCAGGGAACCACUGCAUGGCAGCAACACAAGAGAGCCAACCGAUGUGAAUCGGAAAAAUACUUCGCUAAAAACAGCGUUAACGACCAGCAUGGAAGCGAG